CACCAGUGUCUGGCGGACCCGAGCGACCCGAACCGACGGGUCCGAAUCGUUCAGCGCGUCGCGUUGGACACAGCUGUGCGCGAACAUCGAAUGAUCUCGUGCGACGUGUGGGUGGAGCACCGCGCCAAGUCGUGCCCGCGCGGGUUCAGCGGCGAGCCCCGGGUGGACACGAUCGCGCCGAACGGCAAGGCGUGGGUCGGUGCCACGUCUGAUGCCACGUCGGUUGCCACGUGGCGCCUUGAGUGGCCCGUCGUCGAUCCGGGCCCGGACGCGAAGGACGGCGGGUCGACGUUUCGAGUCGAGGAGGGCGCCUUCGCGAAGGAGGGUGCCGUCGGGGGUGCCGAGGGUGCCGUCGGGGGUGCCGUCGCGGUGGCGGGAAACCCCGCGGCGAACGGCGUCGGCCAGCUCCUCCGCCUUCCCGGGGGUGCGUGGGCGUACUGCGGCGCCGACCCCUCCGCUCCGAAUGCGGGUACGAUCGUCGUCGAGUGCGGGUACGAUCCGAGGGCGGGCACAGGCGCCGGCGCGUUCGAACGCGCGGUGGCGUCGCGGCGGUACGACGUGGCCACGGGCAAGUUGGUUCGGGUGACGCUGGGGCGGGAGAGGCUGGUGGACGCGGCGCGGGGUUAGUCGAUCGAUGUACGAAGGUAACAUUGAAUAACUCUGAGAAAUUCGAUUUGUUAUUUG